AUGGCGACCCGAUCGCAUGGUUACGAGAUUUCGAGACCUCAUCCGAUCCUUGACCCGGCACAAGCAAAAGUGAUUGAUCACAGAUUGCCGCAUCAGGCCGCACCAUCGAUCAGCGAACUACCGCCAUCCAACCCAGCAUGGCCGCUACCAGGAUUGCGACCGCUGUCCGACAUACGAGAGAUAACCGAGCCAAGCUUGAUGGACAUGACCGUCCGGCAACAAAACGCACAGUUGGCGACGCGGCGGAGCACCUCGCGUGUACGCUCCGUUGGACGCCAGCCAUCUGUGAAGCGUGAGGGUAUGGCGAAACCGUCAGAUAACCCAGCGUUCCGAACCAAUGCGACAUCGAACCCGUACGAAGCUCGAACGCCAUCAGCUUCCUCCACAAGCCCGGAGCAGUCGGUGCGCAAUAUCAUCCCUCAGUCGAGCGUGCCGCGCCGCUCUUCGUCCUUCGGACAGUCUCAGCCACAAGACAGAGGCCAUGCUCGACAACCUUCGAUGCACGAUGUGCGACAGCUUUUGCGGCCUGCGCCGUCAGCGACAGCUCUGACCAUACCAAAUCGAGGGCGGAGCGAUUCACCAGUGAAAGUUGCAGGAUUGCAUUUGGAUUCUGUAACGUCAGAAGUGGUAAGAAGCUUGCCUUCACGGACCCAUAUUCGGGUACCGCACCCUAUUGACUUGUUAGAGUCUCCGACAUUCAGGCAUCCGCGCAUAAAGCUCGAGCUGCAGGUUUCGGGUCCAAUCUUCGUCGGUGGUGGUACCUUGGAAGGCUUCGUCCGUAUAACCGUAGAUGAGAACGAGCGCCUGAAGCCGCGCAGAACGCUCGGCGUUGGCUCGUUGUCAGUUGACCUGCUUGGAUACGAGGCUUCGGGAAACCGCAGAGCGACUUUUGUCGCACUCGGCACCGAGCUCAUUGACUCCAAACACGGUCCCCCUCCGAAUACGGUCGAGCCGGCAAAUCCACUCAUGCCUUCAGACAAGUUCUGGACUUUACUGCCUUCUGCCUCGUCCCUACCGUUUCUCAUUAGCCUACCGAUAGAUACCGGCCCAGCUCCUUUCCAGUCAAAACACGCAAGCAUUGGGUUUCAACUGUCCACUACCGCCGUGAUACGAGAUGCUGGCACCCACUACCGCGUCCGUACAUCGCAGGAGGUGCAAGUAUUGCCAACGCACGAUCCGGAGAAGACGCUCGCAUCUCUGCCGAGCCCGCUAAUGACUGCAGACACUCUGACGUGGCAAAGGGCUGGUAGGUGUGAGACUGUCAAGGCCACUGCGGGCUUGCAUAGACAGGUUUGGGUGAGUGGGAGCAGCAUCUUUGUGGAUGUAUUCGUCGCGAACAGAAGUACGAAACACAUCAGAAGGAUAGAUCUCAAUCUUGAGCGCGACGUGCUCUGCUACAAGCACGCCGCGGCCGCAACCAGGGAGAAGUCCGCCUUGCGUGCACGGGUGUCCGACAAACCGCAUCAGACAAUGAUCGCGACAACAUCAUUACAAGCAAGCACUAGCGGUUGGCAUGGGCUGGAUCCUCACAGCAUGGAGACGCGCACUUACAAUCUUGACAUACCACGAGGCCAUGCCACAGUGAAGCCCGGCAAAUUCUUCGAGGUGUGCUUCUUCCUGAACAUCUCGAUCGUGAUUUCGAGCAGCAAGACUUUGACACUGCAGCUCCCUAUCAAGCUUGUGCACAUGAACUCUCUGGACGUGGUCCCGAACUUUGUCGCGCAAGUAGCGGCUGCGUUUGAGCAACAGCAGGCUCACACGCAGCGGCGGCAGCGGAGCAAUGAUCUUCGGUCUUGCAACGCUGACCAUCGAAGACAUCGCCCUAUCUCGUCUCCGGCCCAUGAUAAAGACCUCCGCCGUCAGCGAUCUUACACCCAAGGACGAGCUUUCGCAGCUCCAAGGCAGCAAUCUGUUGAUCGGCACCGCGCACACCAAGCUGACAUCGAAGUUCUGCGGCACGUUUUAGACACCUCACCGCGCAAACAUACGGCACAGCUGCAAGGCUUCACGCUCAAAAAGGCGGGUAGCAACUUCAGCUUUGGCAAUGUUAGCGCUGGUGGAAGGAGUACAGAUCACAGCAGCCCCUUUCGCGCUGUAUCGUUUCAUCCGCCUUCGCCCAAAUACACGCUCCCGGAUGUCCAUGAUGGGGCCGCAGAGGGCGUCGGCAGUAUUCGGGCACGCAUGCGGAAGAUGGCAAGCUUCAGUACCCUACAGAGCGAGCGCUCGCAAACAAGGAUCGGCAUGAAGCCACCAUCUCGGCCGUCGACGGCUGCAAGCUCCCGUGAAAGGAAAGGCCGUGGCAGGUUCGAGUCCAGAGCCGUGGCGACCAAACGAAGUGAUAGUGCUGUAGGGCGCGGAGGCUCUUGGUGGCUGCGCAUGAGGCACAAGUUAGAGGACAGAGAGGGAUGGAUCUAA